AUGAGCACGCCGAUCAACACCAUCGCUACUACACAACUACAGCCAACCACACGUAGCCCCAAUCCGUUUGCAUCGAGAUCAAAACGCCAAUGCACUGGCUGUGGGGGCCACAGGCUCGCUGAGGACAACGAGACCGCCACCUUGGUCUGCGUCGACUGUGGCCUUGUUGCCAACGAGAACAUGUUGGAGGACAAUCCCAAUUCAUACCAUGGAUACGGUCUCACCCGAGUCUCAGCUACUGGACGAGAGUUAGCCAGUAAAGAUAAGAGGGCUCGCGACAAGCGCACUAGAACCGGCCAAGGAGAAGGCGACGCGAGAUCACUAAGGAACACACCAGUGGGGAUAACGAAUGUGACAGUUUAUACCAGGCGCCAUAUGCAGCGGUUGGAGGAGGCAAGAGUUGUCAUCACGUCGGUAGGCCGGGCGAAUGGACUCUCCGACGUUGUUGUGAGGCGAGCCAUCUUCUUUUUCGUCCUCGUCAAGCGGAUGAUGAAAGUCGUGGGGGACGGCAAAGCCUUGGCCUGUCUGUACAUCGCGGCCAGGGAGGCAGGGAAGAAACUUCGACUUAUCGAGCUUGCCACACAGUCAGGUUUGUCGCCGUACACCCUCGGAGCCGACUACAAGAGGGUCCGAGCCUUCCUCGUCAAACGGAAAACAAUCGACAUGGGGACGGGACUCUAUGUUGUUGAGGAGGAUCCAUGGACUGAGCUCGAGCGUAUCCUGAGCAUUGGGAGUUCGGAAUCGAUCGAGCGGGACGACUAUGCAAACCUUCCCCAGGACGUCAAGGAUGCCCUUGGUAUCAAUGUGGAGUCGGUGGAACGCUCGAGGCGCCUUCGAGGGCUCCUAUCGAUGUCGCAAAAGUUCAUGAUCAUUGCAGCGGAUUCAAGCCUCGACAACUCCCGCAGGAUCCAACCAUUGGUCGCCGCAUGUCUUAUUGUCGCUCUGGAGGUUCGUCUGCAACUCACCGAAACUCCCAAGGAGAUGCUACAAUUGGUCGGAUUCAUGUACAACUCAAUCCCCUCAACCAUAAUGAGCCGUUAUCGGGAGCUGAGGAAGUGCAUCUUGGAGUGGGCUCAUCGUCUGCCGUUUGUCGAUAAAGCUGCACAUAUCACCGAGAAAAAGCUAGUCUACUUUACGGAGGACGUUAUCAAGUACUUUGGGCAUUUGCAGGACAAGAAUAGACAACUUUGGGCUCUCAUUGACAGGGCUACUGAAGAAGGAGAGCACGAAGGCGAAGGAGAUGCCGACUCUGUGGAGGAAACAGGCGAGGACAACGGCGAGUGCGGAGAGGAAGGAGAUGAAGGUGUUGAUGAGGGAUGGGAAGAUCAACGAACUGGCGACGACGAUUUCAGUCAAGAGCAGGAUGAGCGCAGCGAAGGCGAUGGUCAGUCCAUUGUGCGUGAUGGCAUUGACGACGCUCCAUUGGCAAGCAAGGAUAUACUAGCCGGCAUGACUGCUCGGCGUCAUGAUCCACCUGCCUACGUCGCCAAGGUCAAGCGACGCGAUCGAUUGGGCGAGCUCAUUCAAACAGCGAAACAGUCGAUUGCCGACCCUACGACACAAGGUCAACAUUUGAGUCGAAAGGAUUCUCAGCGAUUUGAGUGGAUCAAGCAACUGCUGGUUCUUAGGACAAGGACCGAGGACGAAAUCUUGGACGCGUCCGACAACUGUCUGGCUGAUUGGGUCGUGAUCAGUCUGGCCCGCCAGGCCAAGCCAAAAAUUGUACGAUCACAGGAAGAGCUGGAUUCGACCGAGCUGACGGAGAAGGAUUUGGAUGAUGAGGAGUGGAGCAGCUAUCUUCGCUCCGAGCCGGAUAUGAAGUCCAUGCACCGAGUCAUGACUCAGGCCUAUCACGAGGCGGAGCAGAUUUCAAAGUUGGCAGAGGAGCGACGAAAGGCCACUGAGGCCUCCAAGAAGGGGCGAGAGCGACGGAAACGAGCUCGAGAAGGACAAGCGCCGGAUAAGGGUGGACCACCAGAGGCAGUAGUAGGAGAGCGUUCCUGGAAGCUCCGUCUUGAGGCGUUGAGCGAUUCUGACAAUGAUCUUGACGCAGCAAGGAAAGCAUUGCCACGGCCGGGUCAGCGCGUCCUUCAGCACAUCCAGGGACCCUCGACGGAGAACAAGGAUAUGGAAGGAGAAGAAGAAGAAGGAGUAGAGGAGGGGCUGCUGGACGAUGUUGCUGGUGGCAACGACGCAUCCGAUGGAGACGUAGGAUACGGCGGUGAUGACUAUGACUAUGACGAUGCCUAUGGGUAUGGUGACUACGACUAG